AUGCUUGCUGCUUGUUGCAGGUUCUGCUUCCGCUACUUCUGGGUUCGACCCCGUGAGAAGUACCCCAGAAAAUAUCGCAAACGAUACUGUAUGGUGACCUCAAACUCGGAGAGGUCCGGAGGGCCUCCGGGCAUGACAAUCUGUCAAGCGGCACCAAAAGCCGCGUCAGCAGCCGGGAAGAGGCUGCAAGUUCAGAGGACAGUAGCAGGAGAGCAGCAGAGGUGCUAUAGAUGGCAUAAUGAGGCGCGUGGCCGACAGAAUCGUGCCGGGGGGUGGGAGGAGGUGGAAUUUGCUUUACUUAUGUAUGCAUGCAUAUAUAGAGAGAAACCUCCUGACUCGCAGAUCAAUACUACGGAGUAUACUACUACGGUACUACCUGUAUAA